GUUACAGGAAACAGGAAGUGCGGUGCUAGCGGCGGGAUAGCUGUGUGUUUGUUAGGUGCCGAGCUUCUGGGUGAGUUGUUUCGGGGACAGAGCUCCAGGUGAACCCGCACGCGUUCAGACCAAUGGGAGACAGCGACGACGAAUUCGACAGGAGGAGGCGGGACAAGUUCAGGAGAGAGAGGAGCGACAUGGAGCGGUCGAGAGAGAGGGAGGAGAGGAGGAGGGACGACUGGCCCGACAG